AUGGCUUUUCAGCUACCUCCCAUUGAGGUUGCGGCCAUCCAGUCCGCUGUAUUGAACGCAGUCGCCAACUUGUUGGCCCAGUUCAUUGCUGCUUACCGCAACGAGACACCGCUUGUCAUUGACUGGGUACCUGUCUUUCAGUUCGCCAUUUUCAACUUCUUGAACACUCAUCCAAACAUCUUGUGGCAAGAGUUUCUCGAGUCGACCUGGCCGGCCUACCAUGCCUCGCCUACCACUGAGGCUGUCGCGUCUGCAUCCAAGGGCGACGAGAAGGAACUGGAGAAGGAAGCCCAGGAAGGCAGACUAGUGGAGCCCAAGCUCAACAUCACCAAUACGCUCAUCAAGACGGUCAUGGAUCAGAUUUUCGGUGCCGCCUUCAACACCAUUGUCUUCAGCUUGUUCAUCCACGGUGUUCAACAGGCCAUGCCCCGUCAUCUCGGCUCUCCCCUGAGCACGCCCGAUCAGAGUGCCAACUAUCUGCUCGCGCUUGCCAAGGGCGCCAUCCGUACGAGCAGUGUUGAUUGGGACACCGUCAAGGCCAAGACUGCUGCCGAUUUCUGGCCCAUGAUCUUUGCUGGUUGGAAGGUUUGGCCGAUUGUCAGUCUGGUCAACUUUGCCUUCAUCAAAACAGUUACUGGCCGUAACUUGUUGGGCAGCUUGGCUGGUAUGGGUUGGGGCAUCUACUUGAGUCUGAUCGCUGGCCAAUAA